AUGGACCUGUCAUUCCCGACAGAUAUUCAAGAAUUCGAUGCCGACGACCGGAUAUCGUUUUCCAGACUAGACAACAAGUUUAUUGCCGUUCAUGAUGACGGCACAGAAUUCGAGUUUGACGCGGACCUGAAGAAAUGGGUGCCUGCGGACGAGGAGCCACUUCAUGAUGAGGAGCACGACUACGGACAGGAUUUGUCGGCGCAAGCGCUGCAUGGUGGUCCGAAGAAGAAGAGGCAGCUUGAUGCAGAGAAUGGAUCAGAGGGAAGCAAUCAAACACCACCAGCGCGGCCGAACAAGAAGCAAAAAGCACCUCCUCGACCGCGAGAAAACACGGCCGUCUACGUCACCGGUCUGCCCCUCGACGCUACCGUAUCCGAAGUCCACGACUUGUUCUCGCGCAAAGCAGGUGUCAUAGCUGAAGAGAUUGACAGCGGCGCACCGAGGAUCAAACUCUACUCGGAUGAGUCAGGGAACUUCAAGGGCGACGCAUUGAUAGUAUUCUUCAAACCGCAGAGCGUGGAGAUGGCAAUCAUGCUAUUAGACGACACGGACUUUCGCAUGACGUCCAGUGGCACGCGCGAGGGCAGGAUGAGAGUACAAGUCGCAGAUUCAAGCUACAAAAAAGUCCAAUACGAAAAAGACGGGACAGGGACAUCGACACCGAACAACGGCGGCGAGCAGGAGAAGCGGCCACAAAGAAGCAACCACGACCGCCAAAAGAUUAUCAAGAAGACGCAAAAGCUGGAUGCGAAGCUAGCAGACUGGGAUGACGAUGAUCCGUACCCCGCGGCGACGCAGGCUACUUCCAAGAGGGACAAGACUGUUAUUCUGCGGCACAUGUUUACGCUGGAGGAGUUGGAGGAGGAUCCUGCUGCGUUGCUGGAGAUCAAGGAGGAUAUCCGAGAUGAGUGUGCCAAGUUGGGGGCGGUGACGAGUGUGGUUUUGUACGAUGAGGAGGUUGAUGGGAUAGUCUCUGUGAGGUUCAAAGACAUAGAGUCGGCGGCGGCGUGUAUUCAGCUUAUGCAUGGGAGGAACUUUGAUGGGCGGGUGGUGGAGGCAUCGAUUAAGACGGGCAAGGAGAAGUUUAAGAAGUCCGAUAAAGAUGCGAGCCAAGAUGUUGAUUCGGAUUAG